AUGGCGGAUUCCGAAGGUGACGGAUUCCGCGGGUGGGUCAGAGAGCGGGUUGGCUUCACGGCGAAGGAGGAGAAGAACAAUCACGAGCAAACCACCGGAGUUUGGAUGGAUAAAAUAUUAGAAUCAUCGAAUGUGGAAGGAAGAUGGAUUCCAUGGGACCAGAGUGGUCAGGUAUUGCGAAUUAUGAGGCAGAACCAAACAAACGUUGGAAACAAAGACACAAAGGGCUUGUGUUGUGGUUGUGGCAUGCCACGGGGUCCGUCUAACGUAGCUUUCUUCACAAUUUGGUUGUUCUUGAGGCUCCUUAGUGCAGAUCCUCGAGACAAAACCAGUGACGUUAAUGCGUUUUAUUGGCGGGAAGAAAACAAAUUUGGGUAG